AUGGACUUUGGACUGUUUACAACGUGGAACGCCGUUUACGAGGGCGACAUGGUCCCCUGGGACCCGGAUUAUAAGGGCGGCAAGCUCCUUGAAUCUGACGCCUACAAGCAAAAUUUCCUUGAGAUCGACCACAUCGAAGACGCGGGCUGGGACUUCGUCUGGUUCGGCGGCGGUCACUUCUCCACCCAGGGCAGCAUGGAUCCCCAGUCCCUGAUGCUGUCCAGCGUCAUCGCCAACCACACCAAGAACAUCAGGAUUGGUACUUCGAUCCACCGCCCGACCCUACGGUUGCCCGGUGAGACCGUAUCGGAGCGGGCGUUGCCCCACGAAAGGUACGCCUUCGACAACCUGCAGCCCGAGGACCCCUUCCAGGUCGCGGAACAGGUUGCCAUCGUUGACCAGAUCAGCGAGGGACGCUUCAUCUACGGAGCAGGGGCCCGCACGCGCGGCUCCGAAGAGCGACGGGAGUACUUCUUCGAGUACCUGGAGCUUCUGAAGCAGCUCUGGAACGAGGACAGCUUCUCCGGUUUCGAGGGCAAGCAUUUCAAUUACCCUGCCUUCUACGAGAGCUACAUGAGCAUCCCCAAGCCCGUGCAGAAGCCCAUGCCCAUGCUGCUGCCCGUGGACAGCCAGGAGAGCUUCGUGCCCAUGGGCGAGCAGGGAUACCGCAUUGCCAUCGGCGCCGGCAGUUCCCCCCACAACCUGCGGGGCUCCACCGUCCUCCGCCAGGACGUCCAGGACUACCGCAAGGCCUGGAUGAAGGCGGGGCAUGACGGAGAGCCCUCCACGGUCGUCAGGGUGCCGACUCUCGUCGCGGCCACCCAGGACAAAGCCGACCGCCGGGUCGAAAACCUGAUGGACCUGGCCCGGAUCUAUUACGCGGGCCGCGUCGGCAUCGGCAGCACUGACGCCGGCAGCGCCGGCCCGGAGGCCACCCAGGAAGUCAACCUCUUCGGCACGCCGGAAGAGGUGGUGGAGAAGAUUCACAUGUUCCGGGAGGCGUUCACCACCGACGAGAUUAUGUUCGAGUGCAACUGGACAUCAUCCGUGCCCCGCGAGGUGGUCAUGGACACCUUGAAGUGCCUCUCCGAGGACGUCAUCCCCCACUUCAAGUAG